AAUAAUAUUAUUCAAUAAUGUACCUAUUUUAUUUUCUUCUUAGAAACAUUUCAAUCAGGCAUUUCGACUAAAAGCAAAAUCGUGCCCAAAGGGAUCUCGCUCUACCAAGGGACCACGAACGGUAUUUCGACUGGAAAAUUAAUUAGUAAGAGAUUGAACGGGUGGUGCGGCUGUGUGUGGGUCCCCGGGAUUAAUUGGAACGUAGCGUUCAAAGCGUUCCCAAGUGGAGAAUGCUAACACUCCCGCGGGCACGGUAUUCGCCUAACCCAGUAUCGUCUUCGUUUACUCUUGACCCUGAGUGGCUGUAAGUCACCCACUUUCCCGCUUUAGCACCGGGACUUACGACACUCGCGCGACGAAAAUUUACGUUCCGCGGCUAUUUUCGAAAUGGCGCGACCGCAGUCUAUUCUCGUUAGCGUCGAGCGACGGAAGAUGAACGCGACCGUUCAUUCUCUUCUUCUUCUCGCGAUCGUCGUCGCUCACGAGGAAUCGGUCGCGCUCGUUCGUUUCGCGAUUUCGUGACCCACGGGAAACGAAACGUUCGGUCAGUGUAUCCGGAACACGGUUCGGUACACCCACGUUCAGAAUGUUCCGCGUGACGUUUCUCGAUUCAGAAAUAAUUAGGUAUCGCAAUUAAUUCGGUGGUAAAUCAGCCCCUCCAUAGUAAUCCCAUUCGCGAAGAAAAAAUUGUACGACUUUUGGGGGCGGGGCAUAAAAAAGAAAAAAGAAAAAAGGAAAACAAAAGAGGAGAACGAAAUUACCGCGAACGAGAUUCGAACUCGAACCGAUGUUCCAACGACUAGGCUAAUCAUAAUUCAUAGGCAUGCCAUUAAACUUGAUACUUUUCAGCGCACGACGAAACUGCGUAAACUUUGAUUAUUAAUAUUAUAAAAACUGAGGCUGAAUGGCGCUAAAGCUUCGAGUGGUUACAAUGUUUGUUGUCGAUAGAAUAAAUUUUUAAAACGUCAUGUAAACUUCUUAGAUAGGGAAAACACGCUCCUCUCGAGGAGGAUUCGCCGUAACGGGAAUCCAAUUUUCUAGAUCAGUUCGAGCAACUGAUUUCAUGGAAAUGGAAAUAGAUAGAACUUUCCGCAAGAUUUCCAGCCAAGUAAUCCGCGGCGGUUCAUUGAUUGAAAGACUCGGAGGAAGCACGUUGCGUGCGUUUGCCCGCAAAGACGAUAGGGGAAUACCGACUUUGGACUUCGACAGGGAUGGUCUGACGAAGCUGAAAAAAGCAAUCAAAGCUAUACACAAUUCUGGAAACGCUCACGUCGAUAACGAAGUAUACCUUGGAAGGGCGCUGGAAAGGCUCGGCGACGCGGCUCUGAAAGAACAGGAACCGGAUAUCGGUGCAGCUUUCUUAAAGUUCGCGGUCGUCACAAAAGAAUUGAGUGCUUUAAUGAAGACUCUGAUGCAGAAUAUUAACAACAUCGUGAUGUUUCCCUUGGACUCGGUGCUGAAGGGGGAUCUCAGAGGUGUGAAAGGUGACUUGAAGAGACCGUUCGAAAAGGCGUGGAAGGAUUACGAGGCGAAGUACGCGAAAAUCGAGAAGGAGAAGAAGCAGCACGCGAAAGAGGCUGGCCUCAUUCGGACGGAAGUUACGCCGGCCGAGAUCGCCGAUGAGAUGGAAAAAGAGAGAAGAUUGUUUCAAUUGCAAAUGUGCGAGUACUUGAUAAAGGUAAACGAAAUCAAAACGAAAAAAGGAAUUGAACUACUGCAGCAUCUAGUCGAAUAUUAUCACGCGCAAACCAAUUACUUUCAAGACGGCCUAAAGACCAUCGAACACUUUGGCUCGUACGUGGCGGAUCUGAGCGUCAAGUUGCAAAAGAUCAGACAAACGCAAGACGAGGAGAGACGGCGAUUAACAGAACUGAGGAACCUCCUUAGAAGCUCGGGCUGCGACAAAGAGUUGACCGUAAACGCGAAUGCAGGAUAUUCGCUUCACCAGCUCCAAGGCGACAAGCAGCACGGCGUCACUCGGUCUGGCCACCUACUGAAGAAGAGCGAAGGGAAGAUGAGGAGGGUUUGGCAGAAAAGGAGAUGUGCCGUUCAGGCGGAGGGUUACCUCGACAUCUGUCACGCGGACGAAAAUAAACCACCCACGAGGGUGAAUUUAUUAACCUGCCAAAUUAAGCUUGUACCAGACGAUAAACGGGGCUUUGAUCUCAUUAGUUACAACAGGACGUACCACUUUCAAGCGGAGGACGAGGCAGACCAACGAGCGUGGAUGUCCGUUUUGGUGAACUGCAAGGAACGCGCGUUGCUUCGAGCGUUCGACGCCAGCGGCAAGGCGGAAGCUGGCAGCGGAAAUCCAAGCUUAGUCGAGCUACAACAGGCUGUGAUCCGGUGCGUGAUGAGGUUACCUGGAAAUGACCAGUGCUGCGACUGCUCCUCGCAAAAUGACGCUACGUGGUUGUCUACGAAUUUCGGCAUAAUAGUAUGCAUAGAAUGUAGCGGAAUUCAUCGAGACUUGGGAGUACACAUAUCCAGAAUACAGUCUCUGACGUUGGAUAACGUGGGCACUGCUCAACUACUUCUCGCGCGACACAUGACUAAUCAGGCGUUCAACGAAGUGAUGGAAGCUACAUUGCACCAUAACCUCAAGCCAACGCCAACGUCGACUAUGGAGGAAAGAUACGAGUUCAUAAGGGCAAAGUACGUGGACAAGAGAUACGUGAUGAACACUUGCGCGGAUGAACGAGAUCUGCUUUCUGAUUUAGAGCAUGCCGUUAAUAAUCGUGAUUUGCAACAACUCCUCCAAGUUUAUGCCGAGAACGUGGAUCUGGCUGCACCGUUGCCAACGUCGGAUCUGGGCGAAACGGCGUUGCAUUUAGCCAUUUUGCGCGAGAUGGGAAAUAGCUUGCAUAUCGUCGACUUCCUAGUGCAAAACAUGUCGACUGGCGGUAUAGAUAGGACUACCAUCGACGGAGAAACGGCCCUGCAUCUUUGCGCGAGACACGACAGAGCAGAAGCGAUGAAACUGUUGCUACGAGCUGGCGCUGAUCCAACGCAUCGUAACAAACAGGAUAAAACGCCUCUUGACAUUGCGCAGGAAAUGGGUCAUCAUACCUGCAAAGAAUUGCUGAGUCACGCACUGCAAAGACAGAAAACAUUGUUCGACAACGUUAAUAUCGAUUGGAAUCUCUCUCACGACGAAGGCUCCACAGACUUCUCGGAUGACGAAACGAUAAUAGAAGAUAGGAACGGAUGUUUAACACCUGAGAAGAAAUCCCGCAGCAGACCGCCUUCUUACGUAGGCGGCGGUGGCGGUGGUACCGGACCAGGAGAUUCCCCGGUGACGUUACGAAGUCGAAGUAGCACUUGCGACAGUUUGCAAAGCGGUUCUUCUCCAAGUUCGUCGACGAACAGACAACAGAUGCCUCCACCGCCGCCACCACAAUCAAGGAAACCUGUUGCUGUUCCUGCACCGAUGGCGCCAGAUAUAACAGUGAAUAUCCACGGCUCGCUGAAGAAGAGGGUAGCUCCACCACCACCACCACCGGCUGGAAGUACAGGUGGUAUACCCUCCUCUCAUUAUGGUACACUACCUCCGUCCGCGUCCUUAGCAGCGUCAACGCAUAGCCGUACAACGAGCGAACCGAUCUUAGCUGGGCAUUCUUUACAUACUCUACCACAUGCGUUAAAUACAUUAAACAGUCAGCAUCAUAAAAGAUCGCCCAGUGGAGAUUCUUCAACGGGACACGGUGCGGACAAAGUGAACAGUUCGACGUUACAGAGACCGAGGAAUCCUCCGCCACCAGCUCCAUCUGGGGUCAAUUCGUCGAGACUGAGCAACGGCCGUAGCAGCGAAUCGUUGAGCUCGAUGUGCUCGGAUCACGGUUUGGGGAAUCCCGUUCCUCCUCCACGCAAGCGAAGGGACCGAUCCAGGCUAGAGAGCUACGCCGAGGAGCCUUCAUCUUUGCUCCCAAAUCUGAAUCUGCCAACUUCGUCGACUUUGAGCGGGUUGAGACGUUGCCGAGCGCUCUACGACUGCGAGGCCGACAACGAGGACGAGUUAUCCUUUCGCGAGGGCGAGGUGAUCAUCGUCACCAACGAACAAACGGACGACGACAACUGGAUGGAGGGUGCCCUGGAACGAGCCCCAGAAAGAAGAGGAAUGUUCCCGAUCAGUUUCGUACACAUGCUGCAAGAUUAACAUUCGGUAAGCCUGAACUCGUUGGCAAGUGUUUCCAGUACUGCCAGCUCCGUGAGCAUCGCUAGCCUCGGCAGGAAGAGUUGGAUGCGGAAGCCGAAGGAUUGAACGUGGUGUCGCAGUCUUACUUACUGUCACCGUCCUUCUACGUAACCGCACGGAGUACUACACCGUCAGCAAACUAAUCAGCGACUGUACUUCUAUACUACCAGUAGGCCUGGAACUUUUAUACGUACAUCUGCCCUUCGGCGUUGAUAAACUUCGAAUCUUUUGGACCAGCCCUCUCUCACUCGAGCGAAACUGCUACUCGCGAAACUACGCUGCCGCUGAGCGGUGCUAGCUUCUACCGAUCCUGAAUUCGCGUAAUUCGAAUUAUGUUAACGUACGCGCUAUACGUAUUUGUUAAAUCUUACCAUCGUCUGCGUCGUGCAAACACGGGGAUAAAGAUACAGUAACAUGAUUACAAAUAUAUCGUGUGAUAUACCGAGUGAUUCACGAGAAACAGAACAGUUAAUUAUCUCGGUUCGACUUAAAGAUAGAAGAAAAUGUUAGAGGAAAAAGUUGUACCGUUUAAGGGGGCAAAUAUGAGGAUAUAACAAAAAUUUCCGAAUUUUCUAAUUUUCAAGGUUUUUUGAAGGUUAUCGGUAAUUUUUGAAUUACAUCCUAUAUUUUCAACAUCACAAGAUUGUAGCUGACGUCAAGACGAGUACAACGAUGUAUUACACUAUGACCUUCAAAUGACCUUGAACCGAGAAAUGAGAAAUUUCUGUCCGAUCAACGAAAAUGCAAUUUCUUAAACCAUUUCAGCACGUGUAUAGUGUUAAUGGAAGGUAAUUUCUAAGCAUGCAUAAACAUGUUUAUCGAUAAGCUACAGGUAUUUACUACCCAGUCGGUUAUUGUCAUUGAAGUAUUCCGAAUGUAUCAGUUUAUCGAUAUCAGUUUAACGAUGCGUUAUUCAAAGGAAGAGAGGUUCAACGUUCUGCUCAAGGUCAUUUGAAGGUCAUAGUGUAACACAUCGUUGUACUCGUCUUGACGUCAGCUACAAUCUUAUGAUGUUGAAAAUAUAGGAUGUAAUUCAAAAAUUACCGAUAAACUUCAAAAAACCUUGAAAAUUAGAAAAUUCGGAAAUUUAUGUUAUAUCCUCAUAUUUGCCCCCUUAAACGGUACAACUUUUUCCUCUAACAUUUUCUUCUAUCUUUAAGUCGAACUGAGAUAAUUAGGUGUUCUGUUUCUCGUGAAUCAUCUGGUAUUUGUAAGGGUUAUAUUGACAAGCAAGCAGCAGUCGUAUUAGAAAUUAGAACGUGGGAGGGGGGGGGGGGGGGCUGGUUUGAACGGAUCAAAAGGACUAUUUCCGUUCGUGUUGCAUUCCUACAUUGCUCGAAGCACCGUUAUCUACAGAUUGUCGUACACGUUGAUCCAACAGACUGUCUUGUAAGGGAUAUCGCAUCUGUGGGGUCGCGGAUUCACAUGACGAUUUAUUUAGACGUUUAGUCUAUGAGUAACAAGCAUUACAACCCUCGGAUGCUUUUGCACCAUUGGGCCUUAGUUUUUCUAGUACUAAUUGUGGAAGUUUAUGAAGCUUAAAUAAAAGAGAAGAAAAGCCAAGACGACAGUGAUCUGUAGGUAUGCCUUUAAACUUGAUACUUUCCAAGGCACAACGAAACUUUAUAAACUUUGAUCAUUGAUAUCGUAAACAGUAAGGCUCGAUGGCGUAAAAAUUUCGAGGGUUGUGAUGUCCGUCACCUAUGGAAUAAAUCCACGAUUCCAUUGACGUGACGUCCCCUCGUUAAAACCGAAAGACAAUCAGGUUCGACACCUUUGCGAGAAAGAUUGCAGUUCUGGAUUUACCAUUGUUAUCAUUGUUAAGCCGGCGACUGACUUGCAACAGAACAUUGUAACAGAACUCUUGCGCUUGGUUCGCGCUCUUGCGUGCUCCACUGGUCCGUCGGUUUUUUGACGAACCCCUUUGGUCGUCUACUUUUCACUGAAUUGAGUAGGAAGCAUUGAGAGAGAAUUCAGGCGAGAGUUCGAAGCGAGCAUUCGUGAUUCGAAAAACGACCUUGUAAUGUAACGCUGGUGCCGAACCCUAAAAUUCGUGCCGAGCAGUUACAUUACAGCGUUCUGUUGCAAGUCAGUCACCGGCUUUAAGCUGCGUGUUCAUGUGACAAACAAGAUGUAACUUUUAUCGUUGUCAGAUUGAAAUUUGAAUUUAAGAGAGCCAACGAACUUUAGAUAUAUUUUUCGUAGUCGCGUCGAACGAGAAACUCAAGAACCGAGGAAUCCUAACUUUCCCAGUGAAGCGAGUGGACGAUAUUUCGCGAACCUUAUCCGUCACGAAGUUUUUUAGCAUUUUUGAAGAUGUAUCGAAGUCUAACGUUAUACUUAGUGUUCAUAGCGAUUCAAAUUUUGUUAAACGAAGCUUCUAUCCCUAUCGACAGCGAGCAAUUUUGUCUAAUCCGAUAGUGUUCUACGAUAGUGUUGACAUUGUUUCCUGCAAGGCACGUGACCCACUUCGAUGCAAAACCAGCGCAAUUUGCAAGAUUCUGGCCACAGCCCUUUCAUCUUCUAAUCUCUUUUACAGAAGCGAAGCCUACGGAUACAGAUGCGCCUUCCUCAGUCCUAUCGCUUGCAAAUCGAAUUAAAAUAAGUAAGCGUUUUCGCGUUGAAAAUGUUAGUAGAUUCAACUUAAAACAAUGUGACGCUGUCAUAAGACGUCUCGACUUUAACGUCAUGUGAACACACGCCUUUAAAUCAAGUUCUCAGCGAGAAACCUGACUCUAACAAUUCUGUUUGUCGUUCGAGUAAAAUUGAGCCUUGGAGGAUGCGACCAGGGUCGCGAAGCGUGUUUAAUUACGAUUGAAGAAACAAAUCGAUUUGAUAGCUUCAUCUGUGAAACGAAGAUGCUCGAAUUCCUCUUUCAAGAUAGGAACAGCCACGGAAUACUCUGUACUUAGACGUAUUUGUUCGAAUCUUAAUAGCUUAAUUAAUCCUCCGCUGCAUAACUUGCUCGCUAUACAGUUUCUCUUCUGAAAGAUCAAAAGAAAAAUUCAACUCGAUGUCCAAAGGAAUACGACAGAGGAAUAGGAGAAUGUACCUACAUAGAGCGAACAGUGUGAGGCUCUGGUAAUAGAAGACUGGGGCGAUUCGCGGUUUCAAGGCCGAUGCUAAAAAAAAAUAUGUGAUAUAAGAUAUAUUUCAGUAUAAAUUAUUAUAAUUACGAAUCGGGUUAAAGAGCGUAUUCUACGUUAAGUGGCACUGUUGUACUCUGGAGAGCAAAAGAGUUGUUGCGAGGACACAGACGCUCUAGGGCCGCCAGUGUAUAGCGCGAAUCUUGUUUAAACGUCGCGUGUUCGCAAGGUAGAUCCGCAGAAGACUGUUCGUCGUAGAUUGCUACAAUAAAGCCGGCGACUGACUUGCAACAGAACAUUGUAAUGUAACGCGAGCAUUCGCUUAGUUUGGCGGACUAGCGAGCGACGAACCGAGCCGUUCUUGCGCUCGGUUCGCGCUCGACCAUGCUCCACUGGUCUGUCGGUUUUUUGACGAACCUCUUUCAUCGUCUACUUUUCACUGAACUGAGUAGGAAGCAUUGAGAAAGAAUUCAGCCGCGAGUUCGAAGCGAGCAUUCGUGAGUCCAAAAAGGACCUUGCAAUGUAACGUUGGUGUCGAACCGUAAAAUUCGUGCCGAGCAGUUACAUUACAGCGUUCUGUUGCAAGUCAGUCGCCGGCUUAAAGUGAACAAUCUCCUGCGCAUCCACCUUUCUAAGUACUACUGACAGCGCUAGGACGUCUGUAACAGUUUUUUUUGUUUUUAUUUUUUUUUUUUUACUCUCCAGUGUGCGUGCAUCGCAGGCGAGAAAACGACGCACGAUUGGACCAGUCCAUAUCGUGAAUCGUAGCAAUUGGCUUAGUUUGCACCGUGUUCAUUUUUGGUACACGGAAUAAAAUAACGGAUUCGAUACAUAGCGUACCAAGCUUAUAAAAUGUUCGAAUAAGGUACAAAUAAAAUACACGGAUUUACCACGUGUGUAAUGCUUGACAUAUUCUCAAAGCAUAUCGAGAUAGAUAUGGAAAGAUAUGUUGUUCAUUUAGUAUGUAAUUCUAUAUUCACGAAAGGUUAUUGAGAUUGUGGGAGAAGAAAGCAAUUACGAUAAGCAGUUCAACAACUCUUACGAUACACCGGUGUUUAUAAUGUGUACUAUUUUGAUACGGUGCACCUUCUUCAGCCAUACUACAUCUGCUUGGUAUGUCGUUAUCAGACUGCGGAUCUUUAUGCAAAAUAGAAUUAAUUUUACCCUGAAAAUAUUAUAGUAUGGACUUCACUUUCAAUACUUUUUUUUAUAUUGUUACAUACUAUAUGCAUUCGUAGUUUCUUGAACGUUCAAAUUUCCUAUGACAUGAAAAUUCGCAGUCUGGUCGUUAUUUAUAUCAAGUUUUUGGUAUAGACAAAGUACUUUAUACGUAUAUGAAAUACAUGGUGUUAACUAAGCCAUCGAGUCGUAUCGAGAAACAGCAGAGCGGAUACUGGUUUAUCUUGCUGCUGGUAUUGAUUCUGUUAGGUACAAGAGGUACUCGUUGUUCGAAAUAACGAUCACGUUCGGUAAAUAUGCACAAUUUGAGAUCACAUAGAAAGAAAGCGUGUGCGUGUGCGUGUCCGUGCGUGUGUGUGUGGCUGAGUGUACGAGAGAAUAAGAGAAAAGAAAGAAAAGUUUCAAUUUCUAAUUCGUCGCAUGUCUUAAGUAUCUGGCGCACACUCCUUUUCCGUACUGCCAAUGGUGAGUAUACUCUUAUACUCUAUACAGAAAAAAAAGAACAAAAAAAGAAGAAGAAGAAGAAGAAAACUAAGAAACUCACAUGUAUUCUCGACUUAGGGAAACGUAACCGACGUUUAAAAAAUAAAAUCUAGGAUGUUGAAAUGUUCUUACCGCUGGUAAGGACACAAUGUGACAUUAAUAUUGCAUGACACCGAUAGUAUUAUUAGCAUAUUCGAUUAUUAAGAAUCACGAUCGUUACGACUGUAUGUACAUUUUUUUUGUAAUGCCAUAUUAUUUGUUAGUACAUAUAUGUAUAAUUACACGUACACGUACCAACAAACAAACACACGCGUUCGCGCGUACCACGCAAUGAUACAUAUUGUGAAAUAGAAUUAUUGAAAUUAGAGGUUUUAUUAGUCGUUAAGUGUACAUGGAAAAGGAUAUCACAAAAAAAAAAAAGGAAAGGAAAGGAAAGGAUGAAGUGUAGAAGCUGUGCAUGCGACUCGACGAUGAUAAUGCGCCGGAAGCGAAUUGAAAUUUACUUUUAUUUCGCUUGAAAUAUACGUGUAUAUUAUAUAUAUACGAGACCAAAGAGAUGUUUGGAAAUGAAAAGAAAACGAAGCUAUCUAGCUGAAUCUCAGAGCGUGGGCGAAAUGACAGACUGCGAUUAACCUGAAGUUUCUUUCGUUUCCUCUUUCAGACAUUUUCCAAAGAAGAAAACGAGACUUCAGGUUAAUUGAAGUCUGUCGUUUCGCCCAACUCUGACGAGUCUAUGGGAUUGCAACUGUAACUCUCAAUUCGGUUUACUUCUAAUUUCUACGCUCGUCGUUCCUUUGUAUUUAACCUUUUGCAUUCGACACCAAAUUGUCGUCACCGUUAUUUCAUUUUAUUCCAUUUCACGCCUUCCUAAAAAAAAAAUACGUAAACAACUUGGAAAUCUAUUCCUGAACUGAAAUUGCUGUCGAUAUUUCGAGAUUCAGCGAGACCUAAGCUAAACGUGAUCUAACGCCAUUUGUACCGUACAAAACUCAAUUUCGACGGAGUCGUUUCUAUUGAUGCAAAGGGUUAAACAUUUCCGAAACGUCACCAAAUAUAUUAUGUGAAUACUACUAACGCGUUCUGCUCGAGGAGAUUAUAUAGACCGAGUAAAAAGAUCCGAGUGGACGUCAUAUUAAGAAACAAAAUAAAAUCUUUGUAAACGUACAUAGAAAAAUGAAACCUAAAUAGGAAUUUAUUUUACUCUGCAAAUAUUGUAAUAUCAACUUUACUUUCUCCGCAUAUAUAAGCUUCUAUGACUCCUCUACUCUGCCUAUAUAAUCUCUUUGGUUCUGUUUUGUAUCGUUCAAUCGGCUCGAAUGCGAAGGAACUGCAAAGUGUGAAUCUGCGAUCGAUCGAGAACCAUGUUUGCUGCCUAGUCGAAAUUAGAAUAGAAUUAAUAUUUUCCCCGACAAUGUUUCCGAGACUCCGCUGCGCGUCGGACUCGUAUUUAACGGGAAAUUUAUAUUUAAUUAUUACUCGAAUAAGGUACGAUAAAGUAUUUGCGCAAAUGGUGGAACAAGGGCGGAAGGUAAACACGUUAAACGCGAUCGAGAAAAACGGAUGCUCUUGUUCGCGUAUUGCGUAGUAAAAAUGUAAAGAAAAGUGGAGUGCUCGGAACGCAACGUUAUUUCCUAUGUAUAAUUAGUCUAGGCUCCGCGACGCUUUACUGUUUUACUCGAACAAAAACGGACAAAGCUUUUAUAAAGAUAACUACUGUUAAUUAGUGUUAACGUUUCGAAUAGCGAGGUUGGUAGGACGCGAGAAAAUACGGCAGAAACGGGCAAACUUUUGUACCAGGUACAAAUUAUCGAAUAACGAAUGAAAGGUAAGAUCCUUUUAUCCGUUAUUCGUUGAAUGAAAUUUAGAGUUUCGAUUAUAAAAUGAAAUUGUAACUUCACGUUGGAAGAAUGAAAACUGAUUUGUAUAUUAGGUCGAAUAAAUGUCGCUAAUAAAUCGUUCUGUGUUCUUAUUCGUUAUCUAUUAAUCGAAUAAAAUCUUGCCCGUCUCUGCUUCACAACGACCUAUCGAACAGCGGCGUGGUCAAUCAUUCAGGAAACUUAAUUUUUUCUUCUAAAUCUUGUAUUAUUUUUGAAGAGUAACAACAAACCUUGUAAAGUAAUAUUUAUUGACUCUUUGUGGCCAAAUAUUAAGUAGGGUUCAACAAGAAUAUACUGAAAUCAAAAAAUCUGGACCGCAAAGGGUUGAAAUAUGAUAAUUAUGGAACUCCUCAUAUAUUACAGAACUUAUUUGUAUGGAAAAAAAAUUAAAUGAUGUAUUCGCUAUAAGAUUGAAAGUCCUACGCGAUGUUGGUUACGCCACUGUUCUCGAUUUUUCUUUUUUUCAACGACUGUAAUCGUACAGUGUACCGAACAAAUGAAACAAAAAUGAACGUUUAUCGAGGCGAAGCUUGGCAGGGCCUUUCGUUCUGAUAAUUCAAAGUGAUACUUGUUACGCGUUCGAUUUCUAAACCGCGAUGAAAAUAUUAUGGAUCUAAUUCGUAGUUUUAACGAUUGUAAUCGUGAAAUGUUCGCAGAUGUUCUUUAGAGAUGCGCGCUUUUAACGAUGAAAAUAUGAGAGAAACAGGGUUCGGCGCAAACACGCUAAUUUCAGAUCACGAUACGCUGUGUAACGCCAAUCGGUAAUUUAAAAAGAAAAAAAAGAAACAGAAAAAACAGAAAAAAAAACAAAAAGAAAAGAAGAAAAAGAAUCUAAUCCAUCUAGCGUUAAGCUGCCUUUGAAUUUGUUUAUAAUAUUCUCGUAGUCUUUGAUGCGUCUUAACAGCGUAACAAGCUGGUAAAUGCUGACAGAAUACAGAGGAUUAACGUUGGUGAAUGUAUAUAUGUGUAUAGAAUAAAUCUGCGAGUACUUGGAGAGAAAGAAUCGGUGUUUAUACUAUUAAGCAUACGAUAAACGAUAACGUAAAAUCUUAAGUAUGUAGUAUAUGAAUGUAUUUAAAAAAUUACGGCUACGAGUAGCUUUUGCCCUUUGCAUGGUACUUUUUGUUCGUAUGUAUACAUUGUGACUAAGUUAAAUGACACGUUUUUUUUUUUAAGGCAGGGAUUAAUCGUAAAGCAAUUCUUAGUUUCUUUUAGAUACAGUAAGAUGUUAAUAUGUAUGUAUUACUGUCAAAAGUUAACCGGUUUUACCAAAAGGAUACGCAAUAUUCUAAAAGGUAUAUUUUAACAUAUAUGCAACGCAUAUGUUUCAUGUAAUAAAACGUUAACUAACCCUUAGAGAUUAACAAUUAGGAUAUGCUCUCUAUAGAAUAGCGGUACGCGUAAAGUUGAAUAUGUAACCGACAUUUGAAAUGUUUUUCAAGUUUUUGGAUAUCGAAGCAGACAUCGAACUAUCCACAUAUUAUUUCAAUAUUCUAGUACAAUGUUAUUUUGCCUGCCUUAGUUUCUAUGUUAAAGGAAAAAAAACAAAACAAUGUAUAGUAAAUACAAGUCCGUGGCAAAGGGCAGAAGUCUUAAGCACGUACUUUGUGCUCUGAACUUAUUACACUUCAUGCAUUUAAAGAAGCGUUAAGUAGACGAUAAGUAUUUAUUACUAUUCUGUAGUUAUUUGUACUAGAUACGGAAGAAAAACGCACGUUGCGUAGGUAUGUAAAAGGAAGUCGACGUUAAGAAUGAAUUUCUAUGAUAAGGAUACGGAAAGAAAUAUCACGUAUUUCUGGAACUUUAAGAGCCAGAUGCAAUCUGGACACAACGCGCCAUUACAUUGUUAAGUCUACCUACGUCUACGUACCUAAUAAUACCACGCUAUUAAAAAAAUUAAUCGGACGAGUCAUCUGUUUAGAUGCGGCCUUCGAUGGUGUCGAAGCAAGUCUAAAUACUGAUGUUACAUGAACGGUAACUGUGUUAACAUUUACUGUAUCCUCUGCGACUAAAUCGCUACACGACUGUCUCUUUGGCAGUUCGCAAACUGUGAAAUGUAUCAGAAAUAAAUACCAUUUAGAGAACUAUGACGUUGGUAAGUUUCAUUUUGUGUUUAACCUGUCCUUCGAGCACUGUUAUUUAAUAUCGAAAGCAAAUCUAUUAUUCUAUUUUUGGUUAUUUAUUUCCCUUUCCUUCUUUCUCUGUUUCUCAUUUCUCUGGGUUUGAUUAUUUCUCUUAUAUUACGUUGCCUAUUCGUUUCGUAACUUUAACACGUUGACUGCCAGACUGAUUCCCAAGGGAAUGCCUACAGGGUUAAAAUUGUGUCUCGAGACAGUUGUAAACUAAAACAUCUGACGCUUGUCGUGUUAUUUAUUUUUGUAUCGUCGUCAAAAUCUACGAAUUCUAUUCAGUCUUAUUUUCAUUGAUACAUUAGCUCUUAAAAUGAACUGCUGAAGUUCCUUAGCGAAAAUCUCUGUCACUCAUACGUGGGUGACGUGGCGUUCAACGUGUCAAUGAAAAAUGUUCCUAUCAAUUUCUUUGUUAGACUUGUUACAUAUUAUAUUGGGUCCCAUAAAUGUAUAACGCGUCACCGAUUACGAUCACAAUCCUCGUGAACAUAAACGUCGAAGGAAAUACAGUGAGCGUAUUUUGCGUAUGAAAAAUUUUUUAUUGAAAAAUGUUCUUUCACGCUACAACGUCAGUGUACCUUCGUCUAUUUAACGUUAUAACAGUACAAAAAUUGCAUUUUUACAAGUUAUCCAGCUUACGUGACUAAAAUAUCCCAGUUAGCAAUCUGACAAUUCAAAAGCUACGUCUCUUAAUAAUUAACAGAAGGCGCCGUAGCAGAGGCAUUCUUUGGCGACAACGCAACAUACUAGUCCCGAUAAACCUUGCUGCUCCGCGAUACAUAAUCGAUGGAUGUAAAAUCCAGACAAUAACGCGCACCCUCCGCGAACGUCGCGCGAAAAUUCGCUCUUUCUACUACGCUUCAAUAAAACGGCGUUUGACUUACGGUUCGUUCCUUGAAUUUGGCUGGCCAACGUUGUUCGACUGAUCUAAUUCAACACGAAAGGUAUCGCGAAUUCGUCCCCAUAAUAUCGUCAAUACAUACGCGACCGUUGCGAACCGUAACGUGCAAACACCCGUAAUCGAAUAUAAACGAUACAAAACCUAUACAGAGACUCGUUUAAUUUUACCGUACACUGUCGUCAUCACGAGCAUUCACGUUCGCCAGCCAAAGCACGCCUAAAAA